UGCGCAGCCCUUCCCGGCGCCGGCGCAGCGCGGUGAGUCCCGGACUGGCCCCAGUAACCCCAAACUGGGACCGGCGACCCCGAACGGGUCCCGAUCCCCCCGGAACUGCACCCAGACCCUUCCCCAUCCCCAAACUGGGACCGGCGACCCCGAACUGGUCCCGGUUCCCCCGGAACUGCACCCAGACCCUUCCCCAUCCCCAAACUGGGACCAGUAUCCCCGUACUGGGAUCGGCGACCCCGAACUGGUCCCGGUUCCCCCGGAACUGCACCCAGACCCUUCCCCAUCCCCAAACUGGGACCAGUAUCCCCGUACUGGUCCCAGCAUGCCGGACUGGUCCCGGCUCCGCGCCGGCCCCAGCGACCCCCGGAACCCUCCCAGUAACCCCCAGUAUCGCCCAGCAGCCUCCCAGUGAGCCCCAGUCCCUCCCAGUGCCCCCCAUCCCCUCUCCCAGUGCCCCCAGUCCCUCCCAGUAUAACCCAGUAUAACCCAUUCCCCUUUCCCAGUGCCCCCCAUGACCCGAGCCCGGUUUUUGGGGGGCUGUGCCUGGCUUUUGGGGGCUCUGGCCCUGCUCCAGACUCUCUACCUGCGCUCGCUGCCGCCCCCUCCCCACCAUUCCCAUUCCCAUUCCCGCGCCCCCCGCCCCAAUUCCCGCCCCCCACGGGGGGUCCUGGACGCCUCGGGCUCGUUCCGGGUGUUCUGGGACGUUCUGGGCGCCCCCCCGGGCUGGGCCCGCGCCCCCCGCCCCGAGCUGGUGCUGGCGGCGCACGGGACCCCCGGGCGGGCGGCGGCGGCGCUGGGCGGGGGUCUCCAAAAAGGGGAGGGGUCCUGGGGGGGGCCGCUGUCCCUGGCCGUGUUUGGGGAGCCCCGGGCGGGGCUCCAGGAGCUGCUGGGGGUCCUGGGGGGGCCGUGCCGGGCGCUGAGGGGGCGGCUCCGGCUGCAGGUGGUGCAGGGGGCGGCGCGACCCCCGCCCACAAUUCCGGCAGCGCCCCCUCCCCAGCCAUGGCGCGGGGGGUGCCGGGGGGCGCUGGCCCGGCUGGCGGCCGCCGACCCCCCCAGUUACGCUCUGGGGGUGCCGUACCCCGGCAAUCUGCUCCGGAACGUGGCCUGGCAGGGCGCGGCGGGGGGCGGGCCCGGGCCGCGACCCCCGCCCCAAUUCUGGCAGCGCUUCGUGCUCGUGGUGGACGCGGACGUGGAGCCGAGCCCGGGGCUGCGCGAGGGGUUCCUGGAGCUGCUGCGGGGCGGGGGGCUGGACCCCCGGAACUGGGGACGGGACCCCCGGGACUGGGAACGGGACCCCCGGGACUGGGGAGGACAGGAGCCCAAAAACUGGGGGGCACUGGGGGACCCCAAAGCUCCAGGGUCUUGGGGCGUUUUGAGGACUCAGGGGGAUUUGGGGAACCCAAAAACUUUGAAUCUUCAGGGCAGUUUGGGGUUUCAAGGGGGUUUUGGGAACCCCAAAAUUUUGGGGGCUUCCGGAGGGCUGGGAGUCUCCAACACCUCGGGGGUCCCCAAUGGCCUGAGUGACCCCAAUGCUCUGAGUGACCCCAAAACCCUGAGUGACCCCAAAACCUGGAGUGACCACAAUGCCCAGAGUGACCCCAAAGCUUUGAAUGACCCCAAAGCCCAGAGUGCCCCCCAUGCCCCACAUGACCCCAAUGCCCGGAGUGACCCCAACGCUCUGAACGCCCCGAACACCCCGAGUGCCCCCCACGCCCCCGACGGCGCCCCCCCCUGGGCCCGGACCCUCUUUGUGCUCCCGGCCUUCGAGCUGCGGGGCUCGGGGCGCCCCCCGGGCUCCAAGGCGGAGCUGCUGCGGCUGUGGGGCGCGGGCGAGGCCCGCCCGUUCUAUGGGGCGCUGUGCCCGCGCUGCCAGGCCCCCACCGCCUUCGGCCGCUGGCGGGCGCUGCCCCCGGGCCCCCCGGGCGCCCCCCGGCUGCGCGUGGCCUACGAGGUGCCCUGGAGGGACCCCUGGGAGCCGUUCUACGUGGCCCCCGCCCGCGGCGUGCCGCCCUUCGACGAGGGCUUCCUGCAGUACGGCUUCAACCGCAUCAGCCAGGCCUGCGAGCUGCACGUGGCCGGGUUCCGGUUUGCGGUGCUGGACGGGGCCUGGGUCACCCACCGGGGCUGGAAGGAGCCGGGCGGGUUCCACACGGGGCGCGAGGCCGAGCUGGGCCGCAACCGGCAGCGCUUCCGGGAGUUCAAACAGGGACUGAAACUGAAAUAUCCCAACUCUGACCGACGCUGCUGAACACCUGAGCACACCUGAACACACCUGGGAACCCCUCAUAGACACCUGGGACAGCUGGCGACAGCUGGGACACACCUGGGGUUCCAUGAGGGGCAUGAGGCCGAGCUGGGCCGCAACCGGCAGCGCUUCCGGGAGUUCCAACGGGGGCUCAAACUGAAAUAUCCCAGCUCUGACCGGCGCUGCUGAGCUCACCUGGGACACCUGAACACACCUGGGACAGCUGAAGACCUUCCAAUGGACACCUGGGGACUCUCCAAUAUGUGGGCAUAGUGGACAUGGUGGGACAUUUCGGGACACACCUGGAGACACCUGGGGACCCUCCAUGGACAUUUGGGGACACCUGGGGACACCUGGAUGCCCCAUGGACAUGGCGUGACCGUCCCUCAGUAAACAUGGCCACCUACCCAUGA